UCGUCCUCUGAGGAGAUGAGGGUGGAGUUUGAAGUCAGAACACUACAGUAGCCAAGCAACUGUCAGUCCUCAAAGUUUAUUCAGUUAAACAGCUGAAUACGACACACUUUAUUUGGAAAAACAAUUUUUAAGGAUUGUCAUGCCAAAAGUUGCUUCUACAUCAGUGAACAGCAAGAUGCUUAAAUUUGCAUUAGUCAUAGGAUGUGUUAUAAUGAUUAAAGGACAAACUACAACAACAGAAUCAUCUACAGAUCACUCAUCAACAACUGAAUUGCCAGGCACUUCAUCAACACAAGCAGUUACAGCAUCACCAUCUACUUCACCAGAAUCAUCAACAGAUCACUCAUCAGCAUCUGAAGUUUUAUCAGCAUCUGUAACUCCAGAAACUUUAUCAACACCAUGGGUUACACCAUCACCCUAUACUUCACCAGAAUCCUCUACGGAUCAGUCAUCAACAUCUAAAUCUCCACAAACGUCAGCAGCACAAACAGUUACAGCAUCACCAUCUACUCCCCAAGAAUCAUCAACAGAUCAGUCAUCAACAUCUGAAUCUGGAAAAACUUCAGCAGCACAAACAGUUACAGGAUCACCACCUAAUUCCCUAGAAUCAUCUACAGAUCACUCAUCAACAACUGAAUUGCCAGGCACUUCAUCAACACAAGCAGUUACAGCAUCACCAUCUACUUCACCAAAAUCAUCAACAGAUCACUCAUCAGCAUCUGAAGUUUUAUCAGUAUCUGUAACUCCAGAAACUUUAUCAACACCAUGGGUUACACCAUCACCCUAUACUUCACCAGAAUCCUCUACGGAUCAGUCAUCAACAUCUAAAUCUCCACAAACGUCAGCAGCACAAACAGUUACAGCAUCACUAUCUACUCCCCAAGAAUCAUCAACAGAUCAGUCAUCAACACCUGAAUCUGGAAAAACUUCAGCAGCACAAGCAGUUACAGGAUCACCACCUACUUCCCUACAAUCAUCUACAGAUCACUCAUCAACAACUGAAUCUCCAGGAACUGUAUCAACACUAUCCAUUACAGCAUCACUGUUUACCUCCCCAGAAUUAUCUACUCAUCAGACGUCAGCAUCUGAAGUUUUAUCAGCAUCUGUAACUCCAGAAACUUUAUCAACACCAUGGGUUACACCAUCACCCUAUACUUCACCAGAAUCCUCUACGGAUCAGUCAUCAGCAUCUAAAUCUCCACAAACGUCAGCCACACAAACAGUUACAGCGUCACCAUCUACUUUCUCAGAAUUAUCUACAGAUCACACAUCAGCAACUGAAUCUCCAGGAACUGUAUCAACACUAUCCAUUACAGCAUCACUGUUUACCUCCCCAGAAUUAUCUACAGACCAGACAUCAGCAUCUGAAGUUUUAUCGGCAUCUGUAACUCCAGAAACUUUAUCAACACCAUGGGUUAGACCAUCACCCUAUACCUCACCAGAAUCCUUCUCGGAUCAGUCAUCAACAUCUAAAUCUCCACAAACGUCAGCAGCACAAACAGUUACAGCAUCACCAUCUACUCCCCAAGAAUCAUCAACAGAUCAGUCAUCAACAUCUGAAUCUGGAAAAACUUCAGCAGCACAAACAGUUACAGGAUCACCACCUAAUUCCCUAGAAUCAUCUACAGAUCACUCAUCAACAACUGAAUUGCCAGGCACUUCAUCAACACAAGCAGUUACAGCAUCACCAUCUACUUCACCAGAAUCAUCAACAGAUCACUCAUCAGCAUCUGAAGUUUUAUCAGUAUCUGUAACUCCAGAAACUUUAUCAACACCAUGGGUUACACCAUCACCCUAUACUUCACCAGAAUCCUCUACGGAUCAGUCAUCAACAUCUAAAUCUCCACAAACGUCAGCAGCACAAACAGUUACAGCAUCACUAUCUACUCCCCAAGAAUCAUCAACAGAUCAGUCAUCAACACCUGAAUCUGGAAAAACUUCAGCAGCACAAGCAGUUACAGGAUCACCACCUACUUCCCUACAAUCAUCUACAGAUCACUCAUCAACAACUGAAUCUCCAGGAACUGUAUCAACACUAUCCAUUACAGCAUCACUGUUUACCUCCCCAGAAUUAUCUACUCAUCAGACGUCAGCAUCUGAAGUUUUAUCAGCAUCUGUAACUCCAGAAACUUUAUCAACACCAUGGGUUACACCAUCACCCUAUACUUCACCAGAAUCCUCUACGGAUCAGUCAUCAACAUCUAAAUCUCCACAAACGUCAGCAGCACAAACAGUUACAGCAUCACCAUCUACUCCCCAAGAAUCAUCAACAGAUCAGUCAUCAACACCUGAAUCUGGAAAAACUUCAGCAGCACAAGCAGUUACAGGAUCACCACCUACUUCCCUACAAUCAUCUACAGAUCACUCAUCAACCACUGAAUUGCCAGGCACUUCAUCAACACAAGCAGUUACAGCAUCACCAUCUACUUCACCAGAAUCAUCAACAGAUCACUCAUCAGCAUCUGAAGUUCUAUCAGCAUCUGUAACUCCAGGAACCUUAUCAACACCACUAGUUACACAAUCCUCUACAGAUCAGUCAUCAGCAUCUAAAUCUCCACAAACCUCAGCCACACAAACAGUUACAGCGUCACCAUCUACUUUCUCAGAAUUAUCUACAGAUCACACAUCAGCAACUGAAUCUCCAGGAACUGUAUCAACACUAUCCAUUACAGCAUCACUGUUUACCUCCCCAGAAUUAUCUACAGACCAGACAUCAGCAUCUGAAGUUUUAUCGGCAUCUGUAACUCCAGAAACUUUAUCAACACCAUGGGUUACACCAUCACCCUAUACCUCACCAGAAUCCUUCUCGGAUCAGUCAUCAACAUCUAAAUCUCCACAAACGUCAGCAGCGCAAACAGUUACAGCAUCACCAUCUACUCCCCAAGAAUCAUCAACAGAUCAGUCAUCAACACCUGAAUCUGGAAAAACUUCAGCAGCACAAGCAGUUACAGGAUCACCACCUACUUCCCUACAAUCAUCUACAGAUCACUCAUCAACAACUGAAUUGCCAGGCACUUCAUCAACACAAGCAGUUACAGCAUCACCAUCUACUUCACCAGAAUCAUCAACAGAUCACUCAUCAGCAUCUGAAGUUCUAUCAGCAUCUGUAACUCCAGGAACCUUAUCAACACCACUAGUUACACAAUCCUCUACAGAUCAGUCAUCAGCAUCUAAAUCUCCACAAACGUCAGCCACACAAACAGUUACAGCGUCACCAUCUACUUUCUCAGAAUUAUCUACAGAUCACACAUCAGCAACUGAAUCUCCAGGAACUGUAUCAACACUAUCCAUUACAGCAUCACUGUUUACCUCCCCAGAAUUAUCUACAGACCAGACAUCAGCAUCUGAAGUUUUAUCGGCAUCUGUAACUCCAGAAACUUUAUCAACACCAUGGGUUACACCAUCACCCUAUACCUCACCAGAAUCCUUCUCGGAUCAGUCAUCAACAUCUAAAUCUCCACAAACGUCAGCAGCACAAACAGUUACAGCAUCACCAUCUACUCCUCAAGAAUCAUCAACAGAUCAGUCAUCAACACCUGAAUCUGGAAAAACUUCAGCAGCACAAGCAGUUACAGGAUCACCACCUACAUCCCUACAAUCAUCUACAGAUCACUCAUCAACCACUGAAUUGCCAGGCACUUCAUCAACACAAGCAGUUACAGCAUCACCAUCUACUUCACCAGAAUCAUCAACAGAUCACUCAUCAGCAUCUGAAGUUCUAUCAGCAUCUGUAACUUCAGGAACCUUAUCAACACCACUAGUUACACAAUCCUCUACAGAUCAGUCAUCAGCAUCUAAAUCUCCACAAACCUCAGCCACACAAACAGUUACAGCGUCACCAUCUACUUUCUCAGAAUUAUCUACAGAUCACACAUCAGCAACUGAAUCUCCAGGAACUGUAUCAACACUAUCCAUUACAGCAUCACUGUUUACCUCCCCAGAAUUAUCUACAGACCAGACAUCAGCAUCUGAAGUUUUAUCGGCAUCUGUAACUCCAGAAACUUUAUCAACACCAUGGGUUACACCAUCACCCUAUACUUCACCAGAAUCCUUCUCGGAUCAGUCAUCAACAUCUAAAUCUCCACAAACGUCAGCAGCACAAACAGUUACAGCAUCACCAUCUACUCCCCAAGAAUCAUCAACAGAUCAGUCAUCAACACCUGAAUCUGGAAAAACUUCAGCAGCACAAGCAGUUACAGGAUCACCACCUACUUCCCUACAAUCAUCUACAGAUCACUCAUCAACAACUGAAUUUCCAGGCACUUCAUCAACACAAGCAGUUACAGCAUCACCAUCUACUUCACCAGAAUCAUCAACAGAUCACUCAUCAGCAUCUGAAGUUCUAUCAGCAUCUGUAACUCCAGGAACCUUAUCAACACCACUAGUUACACAAUCCUCUACAGAUCAGUCAUCAGCAUCUAAAUCUCCACAAACGUCAGCCACACAAACAGUUACAGCGUCACCAUCUACUUUCUCAGAAUUAUCUACAGAUCACACAUCAGCAACUGAAUCUCCAGGAACUGUAUCAACACUAUCCAUUACAGCAUCACUGUUUACCUCCCCAGAAUUAUCUACAGACCAGACAUCAGCAUCUGAAGUUUUAUCGGCAUCUGUAACUCCAGAAACUUUAUCAACACCAUGGGUUACACCAUCACCCUAUACCUCACCAGAAUCCUUCUCGGAUCAGUCAUCAACAUCUAAAUCUCCACAAACGUCAGCAGCACAAACAGUUACAGCAUCACCAUCUACUCCUCAAGAAUCAUCAACAGAUCAGUCAUCAACACCUGAAUCUGGAAAAACUUCAGCAGCACAAGCAGUUACAGGAUCACCACCUACAUCCCUACAAUCAUCUACAGAUCACUCAUCAACCACUGAAUUGCCAGGCACUUCAUCAACACAAGCAGUUACAGCAUCACCAUCUACUUCACCAGAAUCAUCAACAGAUCACUCAUCAGCAUCUGAAGUUUUAUCAGCAUCUGUAACUUCAGGAACCUUAUCAACACCACUAGUUACACAAUCCUCUACAGAUCAGUCAUCAGCAUCUAAAUCUCCACAAACCUCAGCCACACAAACAGUUACAGCGUCACCAUCUACUUUCUCAGAAUUAUCUACAGAUCACACAUCAGCAACUGAAUCUCCAGGAACUGUAUCAACACUAUCCAUUACAGCAUCACUGUUUACCUCCCCAGAAUUAUCUACAGACCAGACAUCAGCAUCUGAAGUUUUAUCGGCAUCUGUAACUCCAGAAACUUUAUCAACACCAUGGGUUACACCAUCACCCUAUACUUCACCAGAAUCCUUCUCGGAUCAGUCAUCAACAUCUAAAUCUCCACAAACGUCAGUAGCACAAACAGUUACAGCAUCACUAUCUACUCCCCAAGAAUCAUCAACAGAUCAGUCAUCAACACCUGAAUCUGGAAAAACUUCAGCAGCACAAGCAGUUACAGGAUCACCACCUACUUCCCUACAAUCAUCUACAGAUCACUCAUCAACAACUGAAUUUCCAGGCACUUCAUCAACACAAGCAGUUACAGCAUCACCAUCUACUUCACCAGAAUCAUCAACAGAUCACUCAUCAGCAUCUGAAGUUCUAUCAGCAUCUGUAACUCCAGGAACCUUAUCAACACCACUAGUUACACAAUCCUCUACAGAUCAGUCAUCAGCAUCUAAAUCUCCACAAACGUCAGCCACACAAACAGUUACAGCGUCACCAUCUACUUUCUCAGAAUUAUCUACAGAUCACACAUCAGCAACUGAAUCUCCAGGAACUGUAUCAACACUAUCCAUUACAGCAUCACUGUUUACCUCCCCAGAAUUAUCUACAGACCAGACAUCAGCAUCUGAAGUUUUAUCGGCAUCUGUAACUCCAGAAACUUUAUCAACACCAUGGGUUACACCAUCACCCUAUACUUCGCCAGAAUCCUUCUCGGAUCAGUCAUCAACAUCUAAAUCUCCACAAACGUCAGCAGCGCAAACAGUUACAGCAUCACCAUCUACUCCCCAAGAAUCAUCAACAGAUCAGUCAUCAACACCUGAAUCUGGAAAAACUUCAGCAGCACAAGCAGUUACAGGAUCACCACCUACUUCCCUACAAUCAUCUACAGAUCACUCAUCAACAACUGAAUUGCCAGGCACUUCAUCAACACAAGCAGUUACAGCAUCACCAUCUACUUCCCAAGAAUCAUCAACAGAUCACUCAUCAGCAUCUCAAGUUUUAUCAGCAACUGUAACUCCAGGAACCUUAUCAACACCACUAGUUACACAAUCCGCUACAGAUCACUCAUCAGCAUCUAAAUCUCCACAAACAUCAGCAGCACAAACAGUUACAGCGUCACCAUCUACUUUCUCAGAAUUAUCUACAGAUCACUCAUCAACAACUGAAUCUCCAGGAACUUUAUCAACACUAUCCAUUACAGAAUCACUGUUUACCUCCCCAGAAUUAUCUACAAAUCAGACAUCAGCAUCUGAAGUUUUAUCAGCAUCUGUAACUCCAGAAACUUUAUCAACACCAUGGGUUACACCAUCACCCUAUACUUCACCAGAAUCCUCUACAGAUCACUCAACAUCUGACUCUCCAGAAACAUCAACAGAAAUGAUUACAGGAUCACCAUAUACUUCCCUACAAUCAUCUUUAGGAACACAAACAGUUACAGCAUCACCAUCUAUUUUCCCUGAAACAUCAACAGAUCACUCAUCAACAGCUACAUCUCCAGAAAAGUCUUCAAUACCAUUCAUUGCAGUAUCCCUGUCUACUUCACCAGAAUCUUCUACAGAUCACUCAUCAACAUCUAAAUAUCCAGAAAUUUUAUCCACAUCUAAAUCUCCAGGAAUUUUAUCAACACCUUCGGUUCCAGCUUCUAUUGUUUCAGAAUCUUCUACAGAUUUGCCCUUGACAUCUUCAGCAAUAAAACUGACAACGACUGCAGAUUAUCAGUCAACACCAAGAGCUCCCUCUUCAUCAUAUACAACACAAGAAUCAAUUUCAACAUUUAUAAGUCUAUCAUUUCCAUCUAUACUUCCACCUACUGCACAAACACCAUCUACAACUGAAAUAUCACCUCCUACUUUAUCAGAUCUGCCCUCAACAUUUGCAUCACUACAAUCAACAGCUAAAAUUUCACCUGCUACAGAUUCACCAUCUACAGCUCCAACUAUAGCUGUAACAACCAUAUCUCCAACUACCUCUUUUCUAUCAACACCUACACUUCAGUUUGCUCCAACCACAUCUUCAACAACUCCUUCAACAACCAAUUUUUCACCAACAACUACUAUUCCAUCAAUAAUUACACUACCAACCACCCCUCCAAGAACAACUAGUAAAAAUACCCAAUCAACCACAAUAACCACCCAUCCAAUCACAAUUGCCUCUAUAACUCCCACAAUCACAAUGUCGUCUCCAACCAACAUAAAUACUUCUCCAGCAACAAACACCACUACUCCUCCUCUAUUAACACUGACACCAACUAUAACCCUCUCUCACCUAACAACAGCUACCUCUCCAAUACCAUCCACCAUAGCAUAUACUCCAAACACAACCACAGUAAUUGACACAAGUCCUUCAACAACCACAUCUUCAGCAAUAAGCACCACAGCUUCUUCUUUUCUAUCAAUUCCAUCAGCCCAAUCCAUGACCAGUACUUCUGCAACUCCUUCAACAAAUGUUCCCAACACCACUAACACCCGUCCAACAGCAACUACAAUACCAAUAAUGAACACAACUAACACACUAAUCUCCACACCUCCUGCAACUACCACUACAAAAACCAACACAAGCACAUUUCCCUCAAGCUCCCCCACAAUAUCUUCUCUAUUUGUAACGUCUAUAGCCCAACUCUCAACAUCCGCAGCUCCAGCAACUAUGGCCACCACAAAUACUGGUCUGACAACAACUACAACUAUCACAUCCAUCUCUUCAACAACAGCUAUGUCUCUAAAAACACCCACAACUCUUCCAAUUACAGCAAACCCCACUGCAACCACUAGUCCAACAAUGCCCAUAAACCUAAUAACCACAUCUCAAAAAACAUCCACAACUCCUUCUACAACAACAAAGAGCACAACCAUUUCUUCUACAACCACCUUUCCAACACCAGCAACUCCUCCAAAUACUACAGCCACUAUCACAACCACUGGUCCAACAACUAUGACUAUCACAACCACCUCUCCAACAACAGCUAUCUCUCCAACAACACCCACACCUCCUCCAAAUACAACAACUACCACAACCACUAGUUCAGCAAUGCCAGCUCCAACAACAACCAUCAAAACUAUUUCUCUAACAACCUCUGCAACAACACCAACAAGUCAUCCAAAUACAUCUGCUACCAUCACAACCACUGGUCUGACAACAACUACAUCUAUCUCAACCAUCUCUCCAACGACAGCUACCUCUCCAACAACACCCACAACUCCACCAAAUACAACAACCACCAUCACAACAGUGCCCAUAAACCUAAUAACCACCAGUCCAACAACUACAACUACAGCAGCAACCAGUUCAAUCAUAUCUCAAGCAGCCACCUCUGCAAAAACAACUCCUCCAAAUAUAACUACCACCACAACUAGUCCUACAAUGUUAAUAAACAUAACCACCUUUCCAAAAACACUUACAACUCCUUCAACAAUGACCAGCACAGCCACCAACUCUGCAACAACACCAACAACCCUUCCAAAUACAACAACCACAACCAGUGGACCAGCAACAACAACAACCAUCACAAGCAUCUCUCCAAGAACAACAGCUACCACUCCAACAAAUACCAUGCCUUCAACAUCAAUGAUCACAACCACCUCUCCAAAAACAAUUACACCUCUUUCCAUAACCGUCACAAGUGAAAAAACAAAUACCACUUCUUCAACAACUAUCACAACCACCUCUGCAAAAACAACUACAGCUCCUUCAACAACAACCAGCAAAUUACCCAUUCCAGAAACAGCUACAACCCCUUCAAAAACCACCAACAAAAACAGCUCUCCACAAACAAUUCAACCACCAAUAGCUCCACCAUCAACAAAUUCUACAGCAUUUGCUCAAGCAGUGGUUAGGAUGCUAUCUGUCACUGAACUAAGCAAUGAUAAAAUCAUUAACUACAUAGAGGAGUUUUCCAGGCUCAUUCAGGCUAAUGGAAACAUUAAGAUUACAGUGAAGAAGAGUCAAAAAGUGACACCUUAAAGAUCGUCUGUGGCGAGCAAGUAUUGAUCAAUUCUCAAAAAAACUGAUUAAAGCAGGAAGCAGGUAUCUGCAUGAUUCUUCAUUUCAGUGAUUUUAUACCAAAAUCAAAUGAUGUAUAGUAUCAUGAGUGUACUACUGAGCAUAGCACUGCUAUAUGUCACUAUGUCAGUGCAAAGGCACCAGUAUUAUCAGCUCGGGAUGACAAUUGAUUCAUUAUGUUUCAUUUCACUGACAUUUCUUGUGAGCAUAGUUGUGUUUUAUUUUGCUACCCUUCAUCAAGACAGUCAUAGUUUGCAUUAAGAGAUGUGCUGACUAUGCUAGUAAUUAAAGAAGUGAUUAUUUUGGGGAUGAGAAAAUACUAAUUAAAAAUACAAAUUAUUUAGUAAAUAAACAUAGAAAACUCUAUCACCCUUCCAAGAAGCACCAUCACAACCACACAGACUGUUAACAUGCUACUGUACUAAUAAGAAUUAAAUUCUAGCUGUGCCACACAUAGUAGACAACUAUGCAAUGUUGUCAUAAUCUAAGAUAACUGUGAUUUUCAGUGCAAAAAAUUACUGAUUUUCAGGUACAACAAAAAUGUGUUGGUAUCAUGGUUUCUAGAACGUUUAUCAAACAAGGACUAUUAAAAAAGGAUAUACAGUAUGGUGGUAUUCUUGGCUACUAUUUAUGUACUUUUUAACUAUAAAAUAUUGUAUUGGAUUUUUUUUCAGUUGGUGUAGUCUGGUGGCAAAGGGAUAUACAUAUUGUAGCACAAAAGAUAGAAAUUAUUAUUUUUGUAAUAUUUAAGUCCACCAUGGUGUUUUGGUGUCUGUGUUAUCAAACAAUCCACUUUAGCUAAUAAAUAAAAAAAUGAAAUAUAUUCUGCAGUGCCAUUAUUCUGUUGGUCAUAACAGUGCCAUUAAAUUGAUAGAAAAAGACACAACACUCGCUCUACAUCAUAGCAAAAAUGCGGUCUUGUACAUCUUACAAAAACCUUGUACGUUUGUAACCCAAUAAAAUACCUAUUUAUGUUUUCCCUAAUAAACCAUGUUUUAUCUCAUAUACACCAAAAGACAGUGCUCACACAUGGUUUAAAAUCAGAUGAGCAAAAUAUUGCAUACUUUGUUAAUUUAGAGAAAAGGCAAUGAGCUGUUUAGG